GGGGAGGAAGCGUGAGGGGCGCAGGGUGAGGGAAGCGACGUGACGUGUUGUGCGUAGCACGUCGACAUGAUGGCGGCGCCCAGUAGGGUGAGUUUAUUACCGAAGAGGGAUCAGCUGGGUGAGGCAAUGGAAGGUUUGUGGAGGCCUGUUGAGGUUGCUUUCAUUUAAAAAAUAUAUUUUAAAAUUUAUGGUGGGUGCGGGAGAAAGAGCAGCUGGGUAUAAAUAUUUUUAAUGCAUUUCUUUAUUUGGCUUAUUAAUAUUAUUUAUAUAUUUAGAUUUGAUAAAUUAAAUGUGUUUGCCAGAGCCAAGGUAGCCCAGUGUAGGGUGCUGAAUGCAGAAAGGUAACCGAUCGCGCAGUGAGGCAACCUGACGCUACCCUGGAGUUCAUGGUCGUUGUGUUAUUUGCUAUUUGCUUAUUACUGUUCUAUAUUAAUAUUAUUCAUUUCAUUUCCGCUUUAUAUUUUUAAGGGGGGAAUCUCAAAGUGACUUACAAUACAUGAAGGCAGCAAUCUAGAAUAAAACAUUACUGAAGGAAGUCAGAUAUAAAGUAUACAUUGAAAGAGACAUAACUAGCAGGAAACCAAGCUAUUAUCUUAAAGAUUUCAAAAUAAAACAUUACAAAGGAGGUCAAGUACAGAAUCCAUCAGAUGCGUUACUUACAUGCUAUGCAAAGGUCUCCAAGCACCUAAUGGCAUCUUUAGAAACAUAAAUACAAACACCUUUCAUGUAUCGUUAAAAGUAGAACAAAGUAGCCUUCCUCCCUCUCAGUAAAUGGCAAUGGGAAGCGUUGGCAGCACACCAGUAAUUAACAAUGGUUCUCAUGGACUCAUUUAAGUGUGCAAAAGUCGUUCUGCCCUCACAGUAACCUUGUGAGAUUAGGCUCAGUUGUUUUCUCUGCUGCUAUACAGAAUGUUGAUGCAAAUUUUAAAAUGGGAUAAUAUUAUUAAGCAACUUUGUGGGGAGAGGGGAUAGAGAGGUGUAUUCUUAUUGUUGCUGCUGUUUGUUUUUUUACUGCAUAUUGAGGAGGCAUAGAAAAUAAAGGUGACAUUUGGGUGUGAAAGUAGAAAUGUGAAAAUGGGUCAAGGCAGGUAUUACCUCUGAUUUUUUAAUCUCAUUCUAAACCACCAUCUCAAGGCAAUAAGGUAACUAAAAACAGCAAAGAACAAAACUAAAUUUCUAACAAGUGGACACUCACAGUAAAGACCCAUUUAUCCAGCUGGGAAAGCCUGCCAGAACAAAAAUGCCUGCAAUUGUUUCUGAAAAGUGCAAAUAGUGGGUGCCUUUUGUAUCUUACUGUGGCCGCUGCUUCAUUACGGUUGUAGGAGGGGUAGAUAUGGGUAGGUCUGUGACUGAUUUAAAUGGAUUGCAUAAGACUGUUUUUGAGUGAAUUAUUGGGAGUGAACACUACUUAAUUCUAUGGUAGAGAGCAGGGUUUGAGGACUGGUGGGCUAGAUCCUCAUUCCACCCCACGGAUGGGCGACUUUUCAGGUUGGUGGAACUGCCUACCUGUCAACCUUUUGGUGCCACUGUGACAUCAGGUGACACAACUUCAAAGGAAAGAACUAGGCAUGUGCUCCUGAUUCUUCCCUUUCUUACUCUGCAGUCCUGCUUGUUCUUGAAACAGGCCUUCAAAGGAAGAUCCAAUGGGGAUUGUCUGUGCUAAACAGUGGAUCAUUUAGCACCAAGUCCCGCUUGCCAAGGAGUGAGCAGGAGUGCAAUUGUUCCUUUGUAGUUACAUGUGAGACAUUUGUUGUGGGGCAAAUGGCCAUGGCUUGGGGUGGGGAAGCUUUAACGGUUAAAUUAGAGCUUGUUUGCAGAAAGUUCUGCAUGCCUAGUGUAGGGUGGUUGUGUGCUUAGAUUUCCCCUCUAAGCCUGUUUCAGGUGCUCAGGAUGUGUAACUCUCUAACUUUAUCUCAUUUUAUUGUUAGAAUUGCCCUGUGAGGUAGAUUAAGCUGUGAUUGACCUGUCCAAGUACAUGUACCCUGCUUCAUGACCUUAUGACUGAGCAGGGAUUUGAGGCUGGUCCUCCAACACCCAAGCUCAAGAGCUUUCUCCAUUAUAUCACACUGACCGAAUGUGAUAGGUAAGAAACAUAGUAUUGGAAAAUGCAGCUGAUGGAUCUAGGGUUGCUAAAUGCAUGUGCUUAAGCCAGGGUGGUCCAACAUGCCGAUCAGGGACCACAUGUGAUGCCUUUUUUGGUGGCCCACAACAACAUUUGUUUAGGGAAGCUUAUAAUGUUUGACGCAUUACUGUAUUUUAAUAUUUUGUUGGAAGCCACCCAGAGUGGCUGGGGAAGCCCAGCCAGAUGGGCAGGGUAUAAAUAAUAAAAAAUUAAUAAUAAUAAUAAUAAUAAUAGUAAUAAUAAUUAGACGCCCCACCCCACAGCCCUUGCACUGCCAUACCUGGUGCCUCCUUACCCAGCUUUGGGAAGGAGGCAUGGGGGCUCUGACAGGGUCCUUGAAGCCUCCUGCCUCCUUCCCCAAAGCCUAGUUUGCACUUUCCCAUCAUUGGGAAGGAGAUGGGAGGGCUUCAGGACCCUGCCAGAGUCUUACAUCUCCUUCCCAAUCCCUGUGCCUCACCUAGCCUGCUUUGGGAAGGCAACAUGAGGGCUAGAGGGUUGUCAGAUGUUUGCCUCACUCACUUCCUGCCCCUGUGUGCAACAGGUUCUGUGUCAAAGUACUCUUGCAGCCUACUUGGCAUGAAAAGUUGGACCACUCUAGCUUAAGUGUUUGAUGGUUUGUGGGUGUGGGUGUAGCCAACACUCCUUGCAUGUGUUAUGUGGGAAACACAAUCAUAGCAUUUGCUGCAGGGAGUAUGGAGCAACCAUGCAAAACCAGCUUGGGCAGAAGAUUGGACAUGACUUGACCUUAAUUCCAGUAGGUGUACUCUUAAACAGAACUUAAUUGGAUGCAACACAUAUUAUUUCUGAUGUGGAUGUGCCAUGGAUUCAUGUAAGUAUAUCAAUUUAUUAUUUACACUUUAAAUAGCUAUACCAUCAGAAUAUAGGUUGUUUGCACAUAAAUGAAAUGAAGCAAGAUAAGUGGUCCCCCCCCCCCCAAUCAGGGAGAUGGAUUUCAGUAGAAACAGAAGGAAUGAUUUACUCCAUCCUCACAGUGAGGCAGAAUUCUCUCUAUCUUAAACAACCAAACCACAGUGGGUUGUAUCCAGUGGUAUUCCUACUCAGAGCUCAGAGUAGACCCAUUGUAUAGUGUUCAGAUCAAGGGAAGUCCUAGGGCCUCUCUAUUCUGCCAUAGUCAUAGAAUCAUAGAAUCAUAGAGUUGGAAGAGACCACAAGGGCCAUCGAGUCCAACCCCCUGCCAAGCAGGAAACACCAUCAGAGCACUCCUGACAUAUGGUUGUCAAGCCUCUGCUUAAAGACCUCCAAAGAAGGAGACUCCACCACACUCCUUGGCAGCAAAUUCCACUGUCGAACAGCUCUUACUGUCAGGAAGUUCUUCCUAAUGUUUAGGUGGAAUCUUCUUUCUUGUAGUUUGGAUCCAUUGCUCCGUGUCCGCUUCUCUGGAGCAGCAGAAAACAACCUUUCUCCCUCCUCUAUGUGACAUCCUUUUAUAUAUUUGAACAUGGCUAUCAUAUCACCCCUUAACCUCCUCUUCUCCAGGCUAAACAUGCCCAGCUCCCUUAGCCGUUCCUCAUAAGGCAUCGUUUCCAGGCCUUUGACCAUUUUGGUUGCCCUCCUCUGGACACGUUCCAGUUUGUCAGUGUCCUUCUUGAACUGUGGUGCCCAGAACUGGACACAGUACUCCAGGUGAGGUCUGAUCAGAGCAGAAUACAGUGGCACUAUUACUUCCCUUGAUCUAGAUGCUAUACUCCUAUUGAUGCAGCCCAGAAUUGCAUUGGCUUUUUUAGCUGCCGUGUCACACUGUUGGCUCAUGUCAAGUUUGUGGUCAACCAAGAUUCCUAGAUCCUUUUCACAUGUACUGCUCUCAAGCCAGGUGUCACCCAUCUUGUAUUUGUGCCUCUCAUUUUUUUUGCCCAAGUGCAAUACUUUACAUUUCUCCCUGUUAAAAUUCAUCUUGUUUGUUUUUGCCCAGUUCUCUAAUCUGUCAAGGUCGUUUUGAAGUGUGAUCCUGUCAAACACCACCUGGAGUACUGUGGCCAGCUCUGGGCACCCUAGUUUAAGAAUGAUAUUGACAAACUGGAGCAUGUGCAGAGGAAGGCAACCAAGAUGAUCAAGGGUCUGUAAACCAAGCUGUCCUGAAUCCCCAGCAUACAUGGCAGCAAGUCCCACUGUCUUAUACAGUAUAUCAAGUCCAAAGUCUAGCAGUCAGGGAAAACAGUCCAUUGGAAGUCCUGGAGCAUCUAAGCCAAGGUCCAGCAACAUGGGCAGCUAAGCAGAUGCAGCCCCUCACCUGUUUCCCUUUUAUUUCUUGAAUCCUGAUUGCGGCAUCUAGGCUUGACAAGCCAUAUGAUCCUCACCUGUUCUGAGCCUAUUUCAGCUGAGGAAUCACACAUCCCCCCCCCCCCGGGUUGUGGGGCUAAUGAGCUUCACCUGGGCUGUGGAGCCUUGCCUGCCUCAGCCUCCCAGAGCAUACCUCCCACUGCUCACUAUGCUUCAGAGCCUGCCUUGUUCAUGGAGACAGAGGCCUCUCUGAUUCUGUUGAGGGAUCCUGCUCUUCGGUCCCUGCACCUUGACCCCCACCCCCUUGCCAUCCCGUCAUCCUGUGCAACUCCAAUCUCUCCUUUCCCAUCCCCAGCUUGCCUUGGUGGGUCCCAGUCACAGCUUGCCAGGAUCCUGUUUCUCCUCCCUGUUGUCCUCCCAGUUCAUGACACAAGCUUUAAGAGAAACAGUUGAGGGAGUUGGGUAUAUUUAGGUUGCUUAGGAGAAGACUGAGAGGUGAUUUGGUAGCCAUAUUCAGUUAUCCAAAGGGCUGUUAUAUGGAAGACAGAGCAAACUUCUUUUCUGCUGCUCCAAAGGGUAGGGCCUCAACCAGUUGGAUACAAAUUAUAAGAACUGAACAUUAGGAAGAACUUAACAGAAAGGAGCUGUUCAAUAGUGGAACAAACUCCCUCAGAAGGUGGUGGGCUCUCCUUCAUUGGAGGUUUUUAAACAGAAAUUGGAUGGCUCUCUGUCAAGGGUUCUUGCACCGUGAUUCCUGCAUUGCAGGGGGUUGGACUAGAUGACCCUUGGGGUCCCUUCCAACUCUUAUGAUUCUAUGACUAACUUACGUCCAUUAAUUUCAAUGAGGCAAAUCUGAGUAUUUAUUUUAUUUUAUUUCUAUACCUGAAGGUCUCAGGGGGUAUCAUUAGAUGAGAAGGGGGUAUUAUUAGAUGCAACCAAGUAUUCUAUAUCAAAGGUAUAGCCAACCUGGUGCCUUCCAGGUGUUGUUGGACUAUAACUCCCAUUCACCUCUCUCUGUUGGCCAUGCUAGCUGUGGUUGGGGUCCCUUCCAACUCUACAGUGAUUCUAUGAUGGGUGUUCAACAUCCGGAGGGCACCAUGUUGGCAUCUGUACACUGCAUGCAACAGGGAGAGGCAAGAGUGAUUUAAACAGAGUAUACCAGAAGUCACGUAAACAAAGGAGUGUGCCUAAACCAUAUUUUAUUUAUCUGCACUGUGUCUUUCCUCUUAUAGUUCGUAACAGCUAAGAAAAACGUAAUCACAUAGAAUGAAACCAACAGUAAAAUUACCAUAAUAACAGCAAUAAACAAUUUAGAAUUUACGCUUUCAGAAGGAAAAGGAUUCCCUAUCAAUUCUAGCAAGGCAAGCAAUGAGCUCCAGCCACAAAAGCCCUUCCGGUAUAGGAAGGUCUUAACUGUGAUGGAAAACUAGCAAGGAGGGGCAGAAAUUAUCCUCCCUUUGCAUGGAGUUCCAGAGCGUGUCAAUGUUUUUAUUAAACAAGAGAAGCUUUCCUUCAGUACAAGGGAAGAAGCAGAUGGUGUAUAUAAUACGCUCUUUUUUUAAUGGGAUGGUUUUUGCUUUCACUUCUAGGAAGGGCACUAAGAUACAAGAGAGCUUUUGACAGUGAGGGAAACAGACAGACAGACACACACACAGAGAGACCGCAUUUGAAAAUAUUGGACCAGAACAAACAGCUGCCAGGGUUCUCUGAGCACAGGGAGCGCAACAGUCUGGCUGUCACCAUGCUAAGCAAGCAACCCAUCCUUGUGGAAUCCCUCAUCAUGUUCACCAUCGUGCUUUGUGUGCACAGCACAGUCUGGGAUCGCUUUUCCUGGUGCGCCAUUGCGCUUGCAAUCCAAGCUUUCUAUAUCCAGUUUAAAUGGGACAACCUCCUCCGCCUGGGCAGUGCUGUCUUCCAGUUUCGGGCAGGAGCAAACAGUGGCCUCUUCCCAGCUUGCAUGGCUGUCCCAUUGCUGGGCAUUGUGAUGAAAGAGAGAUGCCAAGCAGCUGGUAUUGUGUACUUUGAGCGUUUUGGCAUCAUCGUAGCCUCCACUGGCAUGAUCAUCGCCCUGUUCCUCUCUGUGAUAGCACUCGGUGUUACCAAACCUGUGCCGACAAAUACCUGCAUCCUCUCUGGCAUUGCUGGCAGCCUGAUCAUCUACACCAUGAAGCACUCGUUGACGGUCUCUGAAGUGAUUGAGGUCCUGGAGGUCCUGCUUAUCUUUGUCUACCUCAGUAUGAUACUGCUAUACUUGCUGCCUCGAUGCUUCACUCCUGGUGAGGCUCUGCUCGUCCUGACAGGAAUAAGCUUCGUCCUCAAUCAGCUCAUCAAACGUUCUCUGAACGUAACCGAAAGCAGAGGGGACCCGAUUGACUUCUUCCUCCUGGUGGUGGUGGUCGGGGUGGUUCUCCUUGGGAUAUUCUUCACCGCCCUCUUUUUCUUCAUGGAUUCUGGGACCUGGAUCUCCUCCAUGUUCUUUCAUAUGAUGACGGCGGUGCUGGGUCUGGGGGUUGUCAUGCCGUGGCUCUACCGCUUGAUCCGGCAGAACCCCCUCUUUUGGCUCUCCCAGUUCCUCUCUCAAACACAGACCAGAGUUUAUCUCCUUGCCUACUGGAUCCUCCUGGCUGCUUUGGCAUGCACAGUGGUUCUCUAUCAAAACGCCAAGAGGUCAUCUGGUUCUAAGAAACACCAAGCAUCAACCAUAACCAGGAAAUAUUUCCAUUUCAUUGUGGUGGCAACGUAUGUCCCAGGACUCAUCUACGACCGCCAGCUCCUCUACGUGGCUGCUGUGGUGUGCUUGGCAGUUUUCAUUCUUCUAGAGUACAUCAGAUACUUCACCAUCAAACCCUUGGGGCACACCCUCAGGAACUUGCUAUCUCUCUUUUUGGAUGAACGGGACAGUGGGCCUUUGAUCUUGACUCACAUCUAUCUUCUGCUGGGGAUGUCCCUUCCUGUUUGGCUGUUCCCCAGACCUUGUGCCUCAAAGGCAACUUUGCCUGGGACUGGAGCCCUGGCCCCUUACUCUGGGGUGCUUGCUGUGGGCAUUGGGGACUCAGUAGCUUCUAUUUUUGGGAGCACAGUGGGGGAGAUCAAAUGGCCAGGGACCAAGAAGACCUUUGAGGGCACCAUGAUGGGCAUAUUUUCCCAGAUCAUUGCUGUUGCCAUCAUUCUGAUCUUUGACAGUGGUGUGGAUCUAAAUGCCAGCUACUCCUGGAUUCUGGCAUCUAUUAGCUUGGUUUCCCUUUUGGAAGCCUACACUACCCAAGUGGACAAUUUACUUCUGCCUCUCUACCUCCAAAUACUACUGAUGACUUAGGGGACCUUGGUUGGGAAUCUUGGCAUGACCGGUGCAGGGAUGGAGGCUAUAGGUAGGGCAAUGGCUUGAAUCACUGUAGUGAACUCACAGUAUCAGGCUAUAAAGUUCAAAAAGAGGGAUAACAGUGUUCAGAUAAUUGCUCUUGGAUCAAAUGAAUAUUUAAAAAUGGACAUGCAAAAGCAUCUUUGUCAGCUUGUCAUUUUUAAUUGUGCUUUCAAAAUUAGUUGAGCAACUUUAGUUCUGUUGUAUUGCAGUGUUGUAAAGAUAAAUCAAGGAAAGGCGACGUGUCUAAGCAUAUUGGACUCUUUACGUGGCUUAAUGGUCCUGGUGAUUAAAGGUCUUUUCUAUGGCUGUCAGUGUGCGGCCCAGAAGCAACCCUGUCAGGAGGCAAUUCAUAAUGGACAUCUUGAACAGUAGAUUUUGUGUGCUGUUAAGUCUGCAGUUCUACACAUGCAGUUUUACCUGGGAGUAUGUCCCACUCAAUUCAGUGAGAGUUUCUUCCCAGUAGAUAUGCAUAGGUUAUUUUUGCAGGACAUAGCUGGUGCCUUACUGAAAUCCCCCUUGUUCAUAAGCAACACUGUAAAACACGGAAAACACAGAAUAUUCCUACACAUUUAAGAUUUAUUUGGUGCUGCCAGUCUAUUUAGUGUAAUUAUAUUCCAUCAUUUAUACAAAUCUUAUUUACUUAUUACAUUUGUAUCCCAGGCUUCCUCCAAGGAAUAAGAGACAGAGAGUUGUCUCUAACAAAGUUCUACUCAGAGAAGAGCCAAUGAAAUGAAUGCCUCUGUUCGUCACUUUCAUCCAUUUCAAUGCCUUCUAUAGUCCUGGCCUUUUAAAUGAAUGAAAAUGACUAGCUUAGGUCGAUUAAAUUCCAUGGGCCUACUCUGAGUAGAACUUCAUUGGAUACAACCCAGUAGAUCUAGGCUAGUUGGACUACCAUUGGAUACAACUCCACAGUAUGUGGUUCUCUCCUCCCUGCCACACAUACCCAUCCUUUUAUCUUCACAACAUCCCUGUGAGGUUGGCUAAGCUGAGAGUGUAUGUGAUUGGCCCAAGUGGAGAUUAGAACCUGGGUCUUCCCCAAUCUAGCACUAAGGACCGCACUGACUCUGAUUCUCCCAUCCUGCCCGGAAGAGGUAUCUUCCACAUUAAAGAUGAGACGAGACUAGAAACAAGAAAUCACAGAGCUAGAUUUUGAAAAAGGAAAAGUAGCUGGCAGUGAACUCCGAGGCAUGGGCUGGUCAGUCACCACUUUGCACUCCAGUUGUUAGUUUUGUGUGUACAAAGAGGGGAAAGGCAACUCAGGGGUUGGCUGAAGCCUAGAAGACAAAAAAAGGUAUGGUAUGUUGGAACAUAGAAUACUAACAGAUUAACUAGAGCACAACAUGCGUGGAAAUUAAAUCUCCCUAAGGAAGGUGGGGGUAGGGAACCUUUUUUGACCCAAUGAGCACAUUUCCUUCUGGGCAACCUUCUAGGAAAAGGGCUGGCUUACAUAGGAAUAUAGGAAGCUUCUUUAUACUGAGUCAGACCCUUGGUCCAUCUGGCACACGAUGGUCUGUACUGACUCUCAACAGCUUUCUAGAGUUUCAGGCUGGGAGGUCUUCCCCCCACCUUACCUGGAGAUGCUACUGGGUAUUGAACCUCUGAAACUUCUGCAUGCAAAGCAGAUGCUCUGUCACUGAGCUGCAGCCCUUCUCCUAAGAUUUGAAAGCUUUUGUGGAGGGGGCAAGUGCAUAGUGCUUAGCAAUUGAUCACCUCCGAGGUCCCUUUUAUAUUGCAAAGAGUUCUGUGAUCUACAGCCUCCUUCCUACCAGUUCUCUGGGCUCCAAGCCGUGUCCUUCGCCUCCAUGAUAUGGAAAGUGUAGACGUGGCGGGACUUUUCGGAGAGGUUCAGCUCACUUUUGUGGACAACCUCACCAUGGAUCAGAAUGAGGCCACCUAUUUUGUGAUUUAAAAGCAACACACCGUCAUACCAAGCAAGUGCAUGAAUUUGCAAAGUCAAAGCACCAAUCACAUUACCAUUCCCCCUAGCCUAGUAUUGUCUAUUGGAUCUGAAUCAAAACCUGAGGUAACCUUUGUUGUGUAGCAAAGAAAGGAGAGUGAGAUGCUGACCUGAACAUCCCCCUGUCUUCUCUGCAUUGUGUUAGUGGCAUGAUGCCCAGCAGUUAAUAUCUAUAUUCCUCUUAAUGUUUACCCUUGUUGUCAAGUUUACCUUUCUCAACAGGCACUGGGAUGAAUUGCCUGUUAUCGUACGUCUGCUCAGAGCCAACAAACUUUGUGCAGGGGAUUGUGCCUGGGGGAGUACGAACCAUACGCCGAGUGAUCCCACCUAUAAAACAGCACGUUGGAAACGUGAAGGAUGCCACAGAAAGUGACAAGGAGGACAUGUUGACAGACUUGUGUCUUGUACACAGAUGCCCUGGCAAGAUCUCUCCAAGCAAAGCAAUACUCUAGGCCAAGGUGGUCCAGCCUCUCAGACCAAGUGGGCUGCAAUAGUAGUUGGACUCACAACCUGCCGGCCACACACUGAUUUAAAUUUCCAUGUUGUAAAUUAAAGUGUUUAUAAUAUAGU